AUGUUAGAAGCCUUCGAGAUCCUGACCACCUCCGGGUUAGUCCUCUGGUCGAAAUCAUAUGCGCCAGUGGGCGCCCAUGUCGUCAACAGCCUUAUCAACGAUGUGUUUAUUGAGGAGAAGGUUCGAUCACAAAAUCAGGCAACAAGCAGUGUAUCACCGGUGUACAAGAAGGAAAAAUACACAUUGAAAUGGAAGCGAGUGAAGGAUUUUGAUUUGAUCUUUGUGGCUGUAUAUCAAUCGCUGCUUCACCUUGGUUGGAUUGACAAGCUCUUGGAUAACAUCGCCACUAUAUUUAUCGAUCUAUACAAGGAUCAGUUGAAGGGUACACGCGCCAGGAUAGCCGAAUAUCCAUUCGACAAUUACUUCGAUCAACAGGUGCGAGAGCUUGAAAACAAUGCCGGAGCCCUUCCCUCAGAUACGCUCGCGGCCGGUGUUGAUGAGAGAAAAAACCCGCUUGUCUCAUCGGAUAACGGUGGCCCUCCACCACCUCCGAUUCCUGGUCUAGUCAAAGCUAACAACCAUGAAGCGCAACGCUCAGUUGCGCAGGGCGCGGCGAUCUCAGAUGAGAGUACGCCGCCCCACUCCCCAGAUAUCUCUCGAUCGUCAACCCCCGUCUCAAGCCAUAUCCUCACCGCCAAGGGAGGACCUGCUGGUCGCAGCUCUCGCCGCGCGCGCAAAGCGGCCAACGCCAGCGCCAAUGCCUCAUCCGGAGACGAAAAUAUUCGGAAGGGGAAGACACCAAAGAGCGGGAAGAAGAUGCGCAAGUGGGACGCUGAUGGGUAUGCUGAUGAGGACGAUGGCAAGGUGCUCGACUACUCUGCACCUGCACAUGGUGAUGAGGUGUCCGCCCCAGUAGUGGAGGCUGUCGCGCAAGAGUCGUGGGGACGCAGAACUGGCAAGGGACAGUUCGUCUUGAAGGAUCUCGGGGAUGAAGUGCACUCCAUUCUUGAAAACGCCGACCAGGAAAAGGCGAAGGCUGCCUCGUCCACUGGCUUGGUUGGAUCAGGAGUCAACGCGAUUGGUGGCUUCUUUCGCAAUAUUGUUGGCGGCAAAGUCCUCACCGAGGCCGAUUUAGAGAAACCUCUGAAAGCGAUGGAAGAUCAUUUGCUUAAGAAGAACGUUGCCCGCGAAGCAGCCGUCCGACUGUGUGAAGGCGUACAGCGUGAACUCGUCGGAAAGAAGACCGGCAACUUCCAGAGCGUGGAUGCAGCGCUGCGCUCGGCCAUGGAGUCUUCACUGCGCAAGAUUUUAACUCCUACGUCCUCUUUAGACCUCCUACGUGAGAUUGAGACUGUUAGGUCUCCUUCAAGCAAGGGGCAGGCUCCUCGCCCAUAUGUCAUCUCAAUUGUUGGCGUCAAUGGUGUCGGCAAGUCAACCAACCUGAGCAAGAUCUGUUAUUUUCUGCUUCAGAACAACUAUCGUGUUCUCAUUGCCGCGUGUGAUACUUUCCGCUCGGGAGCCGUCGAGCAGCUUCGUGUUCAUGCACGAAACUUGAAGGAGCUUAGUGCUCGAGAAACUGCCGGAGAAGUUGAACUCUACGAGAAGGGAUAUGGAAAGGACGCAGCCAACGUCGCCAAGGAUGCGGUAGAAUACGGUGCGGCGAACGACUUCGACGUCGUCUUGAUUGACACUGCUGGACGUCGGCACAACGACCAGCGUCUUAUGUCUUCCCUCGAGAAGUUCGCGAAGUUUGCCAAGCCGGACAAGAUCUUCAUGGUGGGUGAAGCUCUUGUCGGUACAGAUAGUGUGAUGCAGGCACGCAAUUUCAAUCAGGCAUUCGGUACUGGAAGAAACCUCGAUGGAUUCAUCAUCAGCAAAUGCGAUACCGUUGGCGACAUGGUGGGUACUCUGGUCAGCAUGGUGCAUGCAACUGGUAUUCCCAUUGUUUUCCUCGGAGUAGGCCAGCAUUACGGUGAUUUGAGAGGACUUAGCGUGCCAUGGGCUGUCAAUCUGUUGAUGAAGUGA